CUAGACAAUUUCCUUCCUAUAUUUUGUUUUUAUUCAGCUAAAGCCAAAACUAGCCUAUGAUAUUAUGAUCAACCUCAAAACUCUCACACAUACUAUUUCCACCAUUACAAAUUCAUGCUUUAGCUUCUGAACUCUGAACAAUCACCACUUUCUCUUCAUAUGUUUCUCUCUCUCUCUCUCUCUCUCAUUUUGUUAUUACAAAAACCAAAACAAAUUUCAAAACAAAACAACAGAAGCAGUCAAUGACAACCUUAUUUCCUCCGACUCUUGACCAUGUUCCUGUUGGAUUCAGAUUCCGACCAACAGAUGAAGAGCUUGUAAACCACUAUCUCAAAAAAAAGUUACUUGGUAAUGAUUCCAUUGUAAACAAUGUUAUAGCUGAAGUUGAUGUAUGCAACUAUGAACCUUGGGACUUACCAGCUUUUUCGGUUGUAAAAUCAGAUGACCCAGAAUGGUUUUUUUUGUGUCCUAUUGAUUAUAAGUAUGCCAAGAGUAAAAGGUUUAAGAGGACAACAAAUACUGGUUUUUGGAAAGCUACUGGUAAGGACCGGAAGAUUAAGGUUAGGGGUAGCAAUAAUAUUAUUGGGAUUAAGAAGACUCUUGUUUACUACAAUGGUCGUGUUCCUGGUGUUAAAAGCAGCUGGGUGAUUCAUGAAUAUCAUGAUACCACCUUUGAAGAUGACAAGAGGACUUUUGUUUUAUGUCGCUUGAUGAAGAAAGCUGAGAAAAAAGCUGAAAAGGAAGCUGAAGCAGAUAUACAUGAUGAAGGGGAGCCAAGUAGACACAUGAGUUCUGACCAUGAAAGUCAAGAAAUUUUUGAAGGAAUUCCUGAUGUGAGUGAAACUUUGCCAGAAAUAAAUAUGGAAUCAAUAUUUCAGGCACAGGAAGAAAAUUUCUUUCCUUUCUCACCACAACAGUCUUCAAUCUCUGAAAAUGAGCAGGAAGUAUCAAUCCCAAACUCACGACUUCACGAUGCCUAUUUUAGAAAUGACAACAUCAUUGUUCAGAGUCCAUUUAAAACUAUUGAAGAGGAAGAUAAGUUCAUCAGUUCAAUGAUUAUUGACGGGGAUUUGGACAGCGGUCAUGUCCAGUCCGAGUCGUUGAAAAUGGUCUACUAUGGAAGCAGUGACACAGAUGCUGAAGUAGUCUCUACACCGUGUGGCGAUAUUCUUGAUACUUCAACGGCAUUUCUUGAACAUCCUAGUUCAGGCGAAUACUGUGCAUCAAAAUUGUUGAAAUCAACACAUGGUAAUGUUCAUGGAAGCACCUGUUUUCAAUCUUUAAAGAACGGUGAAAUUGAAGACAACAACGAGAGUACCUUUCAAGAUUAUUUUGGGGGAUUAGAGGCAUCCUCUUGUGAUUCAACUGCAGAUAUACCUUUGGAGAUGAUCAAUUGUAUUAAAAUAUCUAGUUCGCCUUCCACUCUAAGAAAACACAAAAACCAGUAUCAUCCAAGACCAGCCAUCUUCAUGUCAAAAAGAGCUGCUUCAAAAAGAUCUUGAGGUAAAAAAACCAAGCAACUGAACUAAGAAUGAAGAAGCCUAUCUUGAUCAAAUGAUUCAUUCGAAGCAAAUUUAAUUCUAACAUAUUAGACCAUGAAGUGUUAGCUUAGUGGUAACAGUUUGAUUUUAUAACCAGACAAUAGUUCAAAUUCCUGUAGGAACAGUUGUAAAAUGGUCGUUAGAACCACUUUAAUUAAUGAUAAUUUCCUUAUUCCUCAAUUUUAGUUUUAGAACAUACCAACGAUAGUUACAUGCUUAAUAAGGUGUAUUGUGAACUUCUGAUAAGAAAUUGCUUACUGUAAGAUCAGAAAAUCAGUUUAAUAGCUUAUUGUAAUAUCGAGACUCUGCAUAGAGAAUGUGACUAAAUUUUUCUUCGAAGA